CUUCACUUCAAAAAAUUUCAGAGCGUUCGGAUUUUCAUUUGAGGUGAAACGAUAGCAGGUUUUUUUUUUUUUUUUUAUCAGUGGCCUUCACAAUUGAUGAUUCAUUCAAGGGCAAACCCAGAAACCUUCUCGAUGCAUUCUUUAGUUCUUCGUCCAAACAGUUUUGCAGCGAAGAGGGAGGAGAAUGCCGUGAAGGAGGCGGCCUCCGCCGGAAUCCAGAGCGUCGAGAAGUUUAUCAGCUUGAUUUCGCAACACCAUCACCAGUCGGUGUCGUCGAACACGGAAGAUGAAACGGAGUAUAAAGAGGUGGCGGACAUGGCAGUGACCAAGUUCAGGAAGGUCAUUUCGUUGUUGGACAAAGGAAGAAUCGGCCACGCUCGGUUCCGGAAAGCUCCGGUAUCCCAAAUUCCGACACCUUCAAUUUCAGAACCCCAUGAUCAAGAAACAGAGCAACCUUCUGUUUUCAGAACAGAACAAUCUUCUGCUUUCAAGGUUUACUGUCCGACGCCGGUUGUUCGCCUUCCGCCGCUGCCGCAAAAUCCUCAUCUAAAAACCUAUCCGGUUGCGUUGAAAAAAGGUAUUGGGUGCGCUGAGAGAAAGAUGGAUUCUGCUGCUGCUGCUACCAUCAGCUUCUCGCCUUCGGCACCCAAAACUGUCGCGAAUUCGUUCAUUUCUUCUUUAACUGCUGGGGAUGCUGCUGAGCAAUCGAUCUCUUCUGGGUUUCAAUUCACAAACAUGUCGCAGUCGUCUUCGGGUAGGCCGCCGCUGUCUUCGUCGUCGUUGAAGAGGAAGUGCAGCUCCGUCGACAAUGUUUCUCGUCUCCGGUGCGGCUCUACUACUGGGCGUUGCCACUGUUCGAAGACAAGGAAACUUAAAGUGAAAAGAGUGAUUAGGGUUCCUGCAAUUAGUAUGAAAUUGGCUGAUAUUCCACCUGAUGAUUAUUCUUGGAGAAAGUACGGUCAAAAACCCAUCAAGGGUUCCCCUUAUCCAAGAGGGUAUUACAAGUGUAGCAGCGAGAGAGGUUGCCUUGCACGCAAGCACGUGGAGCGCGCUGUAGACGAUCCCACCAUGCUGAUCGUGACCUACGAAGGCGAUCACAAUCACUCCCUCAGCGUCACCGAUCCAACGGCCACCCUCAUCCUCGAAUCGUCUUGAAAGUCAACUCAUCCAACGGCCCGAGAUGUUCUUCUUUAAUUAAGAAAAAUUCGAAUUAAAAGAAGAACAAAGAAUAUCAUGACUUGUGCUGCAAAUUAGUCAACGAUCAUGCGUUGCACCGUCUCCAAAGAGGAUUAGUGGGAACGCCAAUAUAAACUCAGAUUCGUCUUUGUACUUUGUAUUUUAAAUUUUUAUUAAUUUUUUGGGGUUUUUUUUGUUAAGAAUUUUAAUGUAGAAGUGAAAAGUGAUAAUAGGAUUAGGUUUAGAGAUGAUGGAUUUGGUGUUAAGUCAAUCAUGCUAACUAGUGGGUUUUGUUUAUUUUUAUUUUUAUUUAAUUAUAUAUACUUGUUAUUGGUGUUAUUUAAUUAAUAUAUGAUGGUGGAUUUUGAUUA